AUUCAGAGCAAAGGAAUCAAAAUUUCAAAAUCGAAAUUUCACUCUCAAUCCUCUGAUUAGUUCCACUCUCACCGAUCGAAGAGAAAGAGAAAGUGUUAAAGAUGGCAGGAAGAGAAGUUCGAGAAUACACCAACCUUACCGACCCCAAAGAUAAAAAAUGGGGUAAAGGGAAAGACAAAAUUGACGAUGAAGACAUUACUUUCCAACGCAUGGUUGCAAAGGGAUCUUGGCUUCCUGUAUUGGGUGGCUGAUCAAGCAGAUGCAAGAGGUUGCUGGGGAGCGUGGGGGUUAUCUUCAUGGGCGCGGCGCCUUGGACAGUGAUGAUCUACUUUAUCUCAAGGAGCAAAUGGAAGCCGAGGAGGAUGCUGAGCGCCUCCUCCGUCGCACUGAAAAACGGGCAUUUGCUGCAUUUAAGAGAGCUGCAAGUUUAGCAGAUUCUUCACCUGCAUCAGUUCCAUUGGCAUUUCGUGUUGAGCCAAAGCCAAAAAGUGGGAUCAGGCAGCAAGAUUUACUGAAAAAAGUUGUUGAGAUUAAACCGAAGCGCCUAAGAUCUGAUGGCAAUCAGUCAUCCCCAGCUUCUAGUAAUGCUCCGGUCACAAACCAUAAGACCGAUAACGAUCCUUUAAAAGAGAAGGAGCAAUCUUUAUCAGGACCGAAGAAGGCUGAGGAACAUCCUCAAUUGGGGUCACUAGAAGCAGAAGCUAAGGCUAAGGUUGAAAACCCUGGUGGGGGAUUACUGGGGUUGGCAUAUGCUAGUUCUGAUGAUGAUGAAUGAUUGAUAAUAGAAAUUUGAUGGAAGAUCACUUCUCAUAAAGUGUUUGUCUUUUGUAGUUUUAGUAGAAAAAUGCAAUGCUUGGUUUCUCUAGAGAAAGAAUUUAACUGUAGUCAGGGUGGCAUAAAAAGUUGUGUGUAUGAAGCCUUAGUCCGAAGGAUUGAAAAGAAGAAAAUGAAGUAUUAGCCCAUUACUAUACAUCUAGGUCUAAGAUGCAAUUUUGUAUGCGAUCAUUCAAUCUUAACGUACCAGUUUUUGUUUUCUUCUUGCCAUAAUUUUGAAGUAUGAUGGUGAUCCUUGAGGAAUUGCUUUUAUUGAACUAAUUUUGAUGUUUGUUAUU